CUGAGUGGAUCGGGGCGGUUUUGGGGGGCUAUUGGGAUUUGUGGGGUGCUCCUUGAUCAGGAAAUGACCAACAGGGCAGACACAUUGUGUGCCAACGACUUUCAGCUCUCCGGCUCGAAGAAGAAGAAGAAAAAGAAGAAGAAUUUAAAGGAACGUGACGGAGAGAAAACGGAUGAAUGUGUGACCCCUCCCUUUUCUUCACCUUUUGAGCGUUCCUCUUCUUUUUCUGAGCCUGUUGAAUAUCAGGAUGUGGGAGACGGUGAGGCUCAUGGAAAGAAAUCCAAGAAGAAGAAGAAAGAGAAAAAAGCCAGCAGAGAGAGACUUGACUCCCAGUCAGAUAGAUUUUCAGUUGUGGCAGAGAGUGAGUUGAACAGUGACGCUGGUACCCCCACACGCAAUAAGAAGAGAAAGCAGACACGUACGCCCAAGGAGCCAGAUGCUGGUGAUGUAUUCUGUGUACCUGAGACUCCAGAAGUGGUCAGCAAUCCACCAGAGGAACACUUUGAAAAUGUGGCACGCGUUUACGAAAGCACGCCCUUAAAGAAGAAACAGAAGCAUGCCUCUUCAUCCUUAGCAGGGCAAGCUGAGGCCAGGCAGGCUUCAGUCUGGGAUACUAAUGACAGAACAGACUCCACAACCCCAAGCAAGCGAGAACAGAUGGAACUUAGCAAAACGGUGGACACGGAGGUGGAUAUCUUUGCGUCCCCUACCCACUCCAGGAAAACGCAGCGUUCAGGUCUUUCCCCGGAGAAGGAAACGCAGGCAAAUGCUGACUUGAGCCAGCCCAAGGCAGGAAAGAAACGGCAGAAACAUAAAAAAUUGCACAGGACUGACGCUUCAGAUGCUGCCGGCGAUGGGCUUGCAGUAGAAGAAACUGUAAGUUUGGGCUUAAAUUCUGGGCAGGAAUCUAAACUCUCUCAUGUUUACGAAGGAACAUCCUUUAAAAAGAAAAAGAAGCGUGCCUCUGCAUUAUUAGCAGAGCGAGCCUCAGACAGGGAUACUGACGACAGGGCUGACUCAGUGUUCCCAAGCGAGCAAGAUCAGACGGAUGUCAGCGAAACAGGGGAAACGGAGGUGGAUAUCUUUGCAUCCCGUACCCCCGUCCGGAAAACACAGCAUUCGGGUCUUUCCCCGGAGAAGGGAAAUGCUGACUUGGGCCGCCCCGAUGCAGGAAAGAAGCAUAAAAAAUCGCACAGGACCGACGAUUCAGAUAGUGCCUUUGACUUAAAAUCUGAACUUGCUCAUGUUUCUGAACGAACGCCCUUAAAGAAGAAAAAGAAGCAUGUCUCUUCUUGCUUAGCAGAGGGAGCCUCGAUCAGGGCUACUAAUGACCAAAUUGACUCUGCAACCCCAGGCGAACGAGAUCAGAUGGAGGCCAGCGAAACAGGGGACACAGAGAUGGGUCAUUUUGCGUCCCACGCUCCUUCCCGGAAAAAACAGCAUUCAGGUCUUGCUCAGGAGAAGGAAGACCAAGUGACAGAUGCUGACUUGAGCCACCCCCAUGCAGGAAAGAAGCCGUGGAAGCGUAAAAAAUCGCACAGGACCGACGAUUCGGAUGUUGCCUGCAAUGGGAUUGCAGUAGAAGAAACUGUAAGCUCAGGUUUACAAUCUGGGCAGGAAUCUAGACUUGCUCAUGUUUCUGAGAGAACGCCCUUAAAGAAGAAAAAGAAGCGUGGCUCUGUAUCUGUAUCAGAGCAAGCCUUGAUCAGCGAUACUAAUGACAGAAUUGACUCCGCACACCCCAGCGAGAGAGAUCAGACGGACCUCAGCAAAACAGCAGACAAGGAGAUGGAUGCCGUUGCAUCCCUCACCCCCUCCCGGAAAACACAGCACUCAGGUCUUUCCCAGGUGAAGGAAAAGCGGGCAGAUGCUGACUUGAGCUGCCCAGAUGCAGGGAAGAAGCGGCAGAAGCGUAAAAAAUCCCACAGGACGGACGAUUUGGAUGCUGCAGGCGACGGGCUUGCAGUAGAAGAAACUGUAAGCUCAGACUUAAAAUCUGGCCAGGGUUCUAAACUUACUCAUGUUUCUGAACGAACGCCCUUAAAGAAGAAAAAGAAGCACAUCUCUGCUUGCUUAGCAGAGGGAGCCUCGAUCAGGGAUACUAAUGACCAAAUUGACUCUGCAACCCCAGGCGAGCGAGAUCAGAUAGAGGCCAGCGAAACAGUGGACACAGAGAUGGGUCAUUUUGCGUCCCACGCUCCCUCCCGGAAAAAACAGCAUUCAGAUCUUUCCCAGGAGAAGGAAAACCGAGUGACAAACGCUGACUUGAGCCACCCCCACGCAGGAAAGAAGCCGCGGAAGCGUAACAAAUCGCACCGAAGCGACGAUUCGGAUGCUGCCCGCAGUGGGGUUGCAGUAGAUGAAACUGUAAGCUCGGGUUUACAAUCUGGGCAGGGAUCUAGACUUGCUCAUGUUUCUGAGAGAACGCCCUUAAAGAAGAAAAAGAAGCGUGGCUCUGUAUCCGUAGCAGAGCAAGCCUCGAUCAGCGAUACUGAUGACAGAAUUGACUCCGCGCACCCCAGCGAGCGAGAUCAGACGGACCUCAGUGAAAUAGCGGACAAGGAGAUGGAUGCCGUUGCAUCCCUCACCCCCUCCCGGAAAACCCGGCGUUCAGAUCUCUCCCAGGCGAAGGGAAAACGGGUUGCGGAUGCAGACUUGAGCCGCCCCGAUGCGGGAAAGAAGCGGCGGAAGCGUAAAAAAUCCCACAGGGCCGACGAUUCGGAUAGUGCCGGCUCGGACUUAAAAUCUGGGCAGGGAACUAAACUGGCCACCUCAAAGGGCAGUCAUAGGUUACGGAAGUCCCGGUUGCCCGUCCAGACAGAUGUGCAAGACUCGUCUUCCACUGGGCAGCCCGCUUGGGAAACGUGUUCCCUAAUGGACGAUGACCUUCCAGAGUCUUACGGCUCUGCUUACUCAGAUCUGGGGACGGCUACCAAGGAGCUGGAGGAAUUCAUUCCCCACGUGAGGAGCCUCACCGAAGAAUCAAUCCAGAAACUGGCUUACCGCGAUCUAGCCAGGUUUAAAGAAUUUAAGAAACAAGGGAUUGCGGUGAAAUUUGGUAGGUUUUCCAAGAAAGAGAACAACUUGCUGAAGAGAAAUGUGGAAGAGUUCUUGAACGAAAGCGGGAUAGAUAGUGCGGAGAAACUCUUGUUCACUCACAGAUUUCCCGAGGAGAGAGGAGCCAUCAGCAAGCUGAAAUGCGAUCUUUUAUUUGGGGUAAAGAUUGCUGAAGGACUUCCGCGGCCCUGGAGGCUCGUAUAUUACCGCGCAAGGAAAAUGUUUGACCCGCAGAAUUACAACGGACGAUAUUCCGAGGAAGAGAAGAAGAAACUCAUGGCGUAUCAAGCCAUACACGGCAACAACUGGAAGAAGAUUUCUCAGCUGAUGACUCGAAGCAGCCGCUCGGUCGCCUGGAAAUAUUCUCAUAUCAAGUGCCAGCCCAAUUUCGGCCCGUGGAGUCAGGAAGAGAACAAGAAGCUGGUCCGAGCCGUCGAGGCUGUCUUAAGGGCUAAAGCGAAAGGGUUGGACUCCGCUUUGGACAAGGAGGAUCCUGAGCAGGUGCUCAUGGUGGUACGUGAAAACCUCUACCGGGGCAUCCCGUGGACUCAAGUCGAGGCCGAAGUGGGAACCAGGAAUUGGAAACAAUGUAAAAAGAAGUGGGAUUUAAUUGUAACCAAGAGGAUGUCCAAGGGGCAGACGAAGAGUUAUGGUACUGAAAAUGUGAAGUUCAAGAUCGACCUCAUUGAAAGGUUGCACAAACUAAACAUUGAGGACGAGAACGAAAUCAAUUGGGAAGACUUCACCGACGUCAUAAGAAAUGUCACUCCAACCUAUGUCCAAAGCAGAUUUUACAAACUCAAGAAUCAGUACGUCCCCUCUUGGAGGAAAAAAGACUUCCCGGAUAUUAUUGAUUACCUUUACAAAGAGACGCUGCCAAAGUUAAAGUCGACAUUCGGGAAAAGGACAGCCAAAGAGACCCCAGCUGCAGAAGAGCCAAAGCAGAAACAGGCCUUCCGAUUCAGCGACAUCUUUCAGGACUUGACCUCUGAAGAGGACGAGGAUUAAUUGGUCACUGGAAUGCGUUAGAACUCCGUGAGUUCAUCCCGCUAAUAUCAGUAUUGGCAAGAAAGGCAACACCUUUCAUAUUCGAAAGAAAAAGAGCUCUAUAUUUUUUGGGGGGUUGUAUUUAAUGUUUGAUUGUUGCUUCUUCAAAUGGACUUGUAAAAAAAAAAAAAGAGGGGGCGCGUAGACGCCACUACAGCUUGCUCUCCACUGCUGAAGAAUCUUUUGGCAAAGAUGGCAGUGAUUGGUACUUUCUGGCAUUGGCGAUAGCUUUCUAUGGGCAUGCCCUGUGCCUAUCCCAAGAUGGCGGGUGUCACUGUCUUUAGAGGAUUUUCUGGUGGCGGAGCAGCGGCAAGAGGGAUGGAUGUCCACCAAAACUCCGACCGUGGUCUAAGAGUGGACUGUGAAUUGUUGGAAAGAUGGACAGCUUAGAUAACCCAGUAUUGGUUCUGGAGUUGACUGCCGUGCACUUUCUCUAUCCCAGUUCUGGGCUAAGCUGGAUGGCCCAGUCUUGGCCUGGGCUCUCCCUAAACCUACUCUGCCUGGAGCAGGCAUGGGUGACAGCCUCCAUUGCCCCUCAGGUAUUAAAAAAGAAGAGUCACUUUCGGACCAGCUUUUGGCAUGGCCAGCGCACAGGGAUUUUAUGUGCUGUAGUCCAGAACAGCUGGAGGGCUUUCCCAGUCAAGAGAGAGACCUGGUUCGCACGUAACGACAAAGCAUCACGGGUUGAUUUCUGUACAGGGAUUGCCUGUACCGUGCUGACUGUCAUUUUUAAAAUGCACGCUGAAGCGGGGGUGCACCGCGGUUUGUUGUUACGUGGGAACCCGGCCAGCGUGGGUUGUUGGGGUGCUUAGCACACCACCCGGAACCCGUGUCCCCCUCCUCCCCCCGCUACACCACAGCUCGCAUUUUAGAAAUGGCAGCCGCAACGCCAAACCCCAUUUGGGAAUUAUCCCACGAUGGCUUGUCGUUACGUGUGAACUUUCUCCUCCGGGAACGAGACAGCAUGCAUGCGUGAAUGGGUUGCACCAGCCCUUUGCGUAAGCGUCUGCCACAGUUGAAUGAGCCCCUGAAGCUAUCGUGCGCUGUGAAGAAGGCCCGGAUGUCCCUCCUUGGACUACCUCGAGCGAAUGGAGUCAAUGGAUCCUUGAGUGAAGCGGCUUAUGCUGGCUCACGCAGUUGCUAAGCUGAAAAGGCCCAAGGCUGUUUUAGACCUGCAUUGGUUCUUCUGGAGAUCACUUGAUUUGGAAAGCAGAAGAGGUGGUAGCCCUUCUAAUGGUCCACCUACAAAGACGAACCAAAUCAUGACAAUUUCCCCAGCGAAUAAAGAAGCCCCCCUUUCCGCUGGUUGCCUUUGGACACCACGGCUGCCCGGUCCGCGGGUUGGAUCCAUGCUUAGAGCAGACCCACUGGAAUCAAUGGGCAGUAUCCAAGGUUAGUCCGAUGUAGAGGAGACCCGUUGGAAGUUAGUCCCAUUCAUUUCAAUGGCUCUACUGUACAUCAGACUAACGUUGGAUACUAUCCAAUGAGUCAUGACUGGCUUAACUCCCAUUGAUCUGAGCGGGUCCGAUCCAGCAUUGCCCAACCUGGUGUUCUUCAGAUGUUUAGGUCACAACUCCCAGCGUUCCUGAAUGCUGCUUGGAGCAGAUGGGUGUGGGAGGUUUGAAAUCCCCAAACGUUUCACGUUGGAGAAGAGUUGGCCUCUUCUGUGCUUGACCAACUCUGAAUCCAGCCCCAUCUGGUCCUAGUUACUCCGUUCCAAGCACUGAAUGCAUGUCAUGUAAAUUUUAUUUUUUUACUAUUUUUGAAGACGUUUUUCUACUGGAAAUGGAAAUAUAUUUUAAAGUAUUUUAAGAAUUUACGCAGAGUAAUAUUUGUACGUUACUUCUAAUAAAUGCUUUCUCCAGAAACGGCA